UUGUUAUGUUCAAUGUCUCGGGAUAUUCCAGAUUUCCAGCUUUCCGGAAAUUACAGACGGCCAAUUUUAUUACAUCGAACAGACAGAACGUGCAUGCAGAAUGAUUUUGCGACAAAAUCAUAUGCGUUGCAUCUGCACUUCCAUUCACAAUUAACGCUGCACUGGCCUCACGUGCUGAUCGAUGCUCCGACUGCGCUUAAAGUCUAUGUUCCGGCCGACAGUACACGUCAAGACCAUACCCUCGCAGUAUGAUGGACGCCUCAAUCUUCCCCUGGCCCCUCGCGACCAUUCUGGCAUUCUUCACAACCAUAGCCAUACAUGACUUCGUGGGUCCCUUCUUUUCUUCGCGCAUAUGGCCGAAAUAUGCAACACAAUCACGACGAAUGAGAUUAGCCUGGGAUGCCAAGUUGUGCUCAACCAUCCAUGCCCUCUUUUUAUGUACGUGUGCCACCCUCGUCACGUUACUUGAACCGGAUGAUUUCUUUACGAGCUUCAGGGUUGGAUCACCUAUCAUGAAACUUGUCUACUGCACCUUGAUUGGCUACGAAAUCGCAGAUUUGCGCCACAUGACCGUGAGGGGCACCCUUCUUGAUGAGAUACCCUACGUGUUUCAUCACAUUGCAAUCCUCGUAGAAUGUUACUGUUGUCUGCUCGUCUAUGACACUCUCGAUUACUUCUUUUACCUCCGCAUAUGUGCAGAAUACGCGGUGCCGUUUGUUAACAUAAGGUGGUUCCUCCGCUAUCCACUGGCCUACCCCAAGAUCUCAAAACUCUACCUCCUUAAUGGCGUUCUUUUGCUAAUCACUUACACAGUGUUUCGAGUGGGCUUCGGACCAUUUUAUCACUACAAAGUUUAUCAGGGCGCGUAUAGUUCUUCUACAACCUUUCACCUUGUUUUGGCUGGGUUGUCGAUGGAUGUGGUGAACAUCUGGUGGUACUGGCAGAUUUUGACGAUGGUUAGAAAAGUUUUGCUUGGGGACAAGAAAGAAGAGGCGGACAGCAUGGGGAAGCAGAGCUAAAAUAGGCGGCGAAAUAUUCCAGCAUCAGUGAAGUGGUAUACGGUCUCAAAAGUAACUGUGUCUACAUCGUUUUUGGGCCGUUGCUGCGCAAUGAAGCUUAAUCACAUUCAGUUGAAGCCUACCCUUAUUUGGGAAUACGCGAAGGUAAAUGUCUGCAAGGUCUUAUUACAGCUUUGGGUUUCUUAAUUAACAUCAAUCAAAACUUUUAAAAAGUAUUGUUUGUUUUGUUGGAUUGUGUCAACUAAGUCUUUGCCAACUAUGCUACUUACGUCGAAAAUAAAAUCGUUCGUUUUUUAAUUGAUAUAGAAUUUUAAUAACCUUUGAGACAAGAAUUCGGAAGAUUAGACAAUCACCUCUGCGUGCUCCCGGAAUGGCCUCUGGUUGUCCCAGGUUUGAUAUCUUGGUAGGCCUUCUACGACUUCAAUCUCCCUGGUUAUCUCUGGAGUUUGCACAAAAAUCCACUUGGAUAUUUGAAAAAAAGGCAAGUCACGUACAACAGCAUUUCCAUUGAACUCAACAAUACAUUCGUAACUCAUCUGUUGUCAUUGCUGUAUUUACAGUGAGAACUCGAGAAGUUGCUGAACCUUCAAGGUCAUAUCAUUUCGUACUGACAUUAACCAUGACUAGCAUUAUACCCGUGGCGCAGGCAGGUUCAAAUGGGCUAUAUCUUGAUCAUGAAUAGAUUGAAUUGCGAUGAAAAUCUAAUGCAAUAUCAAAGGAGAUAUAUCGAAGAGACAAAUUAAACAAACCAUUUGUCCACAGAAUCGGACCUAGCUGUAGCGUGAUGUACGAGUGCAUAACAAAGUUUAUCAAUUGGUCCGAUAGAGAUGAUGAGGCAAUGUCAAUAUGCCUCGUUCCUUAGUCAGCAAUAUGCCCCUUUUUAUACAGAGAAGAAAGGGGAGAACUCAGAUAGGCCUUCACAUGUCGGCUUCCAAAUGGCUCGAACCAAUUGUUCUAUCACUAAUGUAACUUUAAAAUGCGUGCUCCUCCUACAUGUAGCAAUGUCUCGGGCAAGGCACUUAGUCGACAGGCAAGCUAAAAGUUCAGCAGCAUGAGCAGCUCCUUGAUAAAGCCAUGUCAGGUUCAGCGCGCCUCUUCAGAUACAUCAAGUAUUGAAAGCUGUGGUGAGCACAUAAACAGACCAUGGUCACCUUAACUUGAAAUUCCCUUCAUAAUCAAGGGCUAGCUCUGACUAAAACAGCACCCAUAAACAAUAGACCACCUAUUUGACCCCAGCUCCUAACUGCGGGAAAACCCA